UUCCGUACUAGUCAACGGGAGCCGCUUAAUGUUGUUGCAGCAACCAGCGACACUUUUGAACCGAAGGGAGGGUGUAGUGAAGUGUUUGUUUUCAUACUAAACCGGUGAACGGAAGCCGCUACUUGCUCGUCUUCGAACAAACUGUCGUUUUUGGUGGAAAUAUUAAGUGUGUUUUUCAUGUGUGUGCAGUUUACGGUGUGUUUUGGCGAAUCGCAUCAGUUCGCCGACACCUACACCGUCUCCCUGCUCCGCUCCGCUCCUCCGUUAACUGUUUAGAGAAAGAUGACCGGAGAGAAGAUCCGCUCGCUGCGCAAGGACCACAGGCCGAGCAAGGACGAGGAUCUACUGGAGCCGGACGAGGAGGCUGCGACCGGGACGUUCACCACCGCCUCCUCCACCUCCAAGAGCUCCAACAACAAGAGCAGAGCGAGUAAGAUAUUCAGCAAUCACAAGUUGGUCAAGUCUUCAUCAUCCACACAGCAGCAGCAGCAGAACCAGCAGCAGUCGCAGAUCAAUGCCAACACCAACACACUGUCCACAACAUCGGAUGUUAUCGAUGACAACAACAAGAACCCCAUCGUCAUCCGAACCGGGCAGGACUUUCCGGUGCAUGAGUGUGUGUUUAAAGGAGAUGUCCGACGGCUGUCUUCACUCAUACGGACGCAGAAUAUCGCCCAGAAAGACCUCCAUGGAAACACACCGUUGCAUCUUGCCGUCAUGAUGGGACACAAAGAGUGUGCCCACCUGCUGCUGGCUCACAAUGCACCAGUAAAGGUGAAGAACGCUCAGGGGUGGAGUCCCCUUGCUGAGGCCAUCAGCUACGGAGAUCGACAAAUGAUCACAGCGCUGCUGAGGAAGCUGAAGCAACAGUCCAGAGAGACCGUGGAGGACAAGAGGCCCAAGCUGCUGAAAGCCCUGAAAGAACUUGGAGAUUUUUACUUGGAGCUUCAUUGGGACUUCCAAAGUUGGGUGCCUUUGCUCUCCAGAAUCCUGCCGUCAGAUGCCUGUAAGAUCUACAAGCAGGGCCUCAACAUCAGAUUGGACACUACCCUGAUAGACUUCACAGACAUGAAGUGUCAGCGCGGGGACCUCAGUUUCAUCUUCAACGGCAACGCCAUCCCGUCCGAGUCUUUUGUUGUGCUGGACAACGAACAGAAAGUCUACCAGCGGAUACACCACGAGGAGUCGGAGAUGGAGACAGAGGAGGAAGUGGACAUUCUGAUGAGCAGCGACGUGUACUCCGCCACUCUCUCCACCAAGUCCAUCACCUUCUCCAGGGCGCAGACCGGCUGGCUGUUCAGAGAGGACAAGACGGAGCGCGUGGGAAACUUUCUGGCAGAUUUCUACUCCGUGAACGGCCUGGUGCUCGAGUCCAGGAAGAGACGGGAGCAUCUGAGCGAGGAGGACAUCUUGAGAAACAAAGCCAUCAUGGAGAGCCUGAGCAAAGGAGGGAAUCUCAUAGAACAGAACUUCGAGCCGGCGAGGAGGCAAUCUCUAACUGCCCCUUCACCCAGCACUAUAUCCUGGGAAGAAUACAUCAGUGCUGACAAUGGAAAAGCUCCUCAUCUAGGAAGAGAGCUGGUCUGCAAAGAGAGCAAGAAAAACUUCAAAGCCACGAUAGCCAUGAGUCAAGACUUCCCUCUGGGCAUCGAAUCGUUAUUGAAUGUUCUGGAGGUGAUCGCACCCUUCAAGCACUUUAAUAAACUCAGGGAGUUUGUUCAGAUGAAGCUCCCCCCUGGCUUUCCUGUCAAACUGGACAUCCCUGUGUUUCCUACGAUCACGGCCACCGUGACGUUUCAGGAGUUUCGCUACGAUGAGUUUGACCAGUCCAUUUUUACUAUUCCCAACGAAUAUAAAGAAGACCCCAGCCGCUUCCCUGACCUUUAACCCCUCAAGCUGGAACAGGAAGACAAACGUGCAACAAGUCAACAUUAUGCUACAAAACAUACUUUUUCAAUUUUCCAAAAGGAAUAACGGAAGGGAAUAAAACAGCGGUUCCUUGACAGUUAAUGGAUUUCCAUCGAACCCCAUCGCAGCCCUGAACACAAACAAGACGACCAGAGUUUGACAUACAGGACUAAAAAUGGCGUCGUCAGAGCUGAUGGAUGCCCAACUGUGGCAGAGAGGUCGACGUCUUAUUAACAAAAGUGUUUUGAAGCUGUUGCAGGUUUUUACCCUCACCUUCAGAUUUGGUUUAAUCCAGCAGCCGAGGCAGGAAGUGCAACAAACUUGGAGCUGAGGGCCGAACGUCUCAUCAGUGAGAGGACAUUGAAGUUAAGAUUAGUGACAGCAGAGCAGGUGAGUUUUUCUCUACAUGGGGUUUAAGAAGAAGACAGACAGCCGGUUCAGUUGAUGCUAUGUAUUUAAGUAUGUAAGUAAUGUUUAUAAAGGGAAUGUGUUUUUAACUGACCUGUAGUAAAGCACUGAUAUAACUGUGUGAGACGUUGGGGAGGAAUUCCACCAAAAAUUAGUUUUUAGGUCCUUUUCCCUACUUCAGUAGACUUUUAAAGAUGUGCGAUAUUAGAUCUGACGACAUUGAGACAUACAAUUGUAUAUAAUCGAAUACAAAACUGUAUAAAAUCACAACUUUUUUACACUCAAUUCUUUCACAAUAUCAAAUUUAGAAAUGUUCCCAAAGAUGUAAUGUCACUUAAAAUGCACAACACUGAAAGACAGCUUUUGGGAAAAUGGCAUCUUUUGUAGGUUAAAAACCUAAAAAUCGGUUUUUGAAGAAUUCCUUAAAUUGUAUGUGAGUGUGUGAGUGAGUGUGUGUGUGUGUGUUUUUUUUGCGGAUUUUACUGGGCAUGGAGUAGCAUCACUGAACUUUCAGGCACUAUUUAGAUCCACUACAGACACUCUACAUUCAGUUGAGUUCAUAAACGCUCAUUUUGUGAUACCUUUGUGAUACACCUUUAAUCCUGCAUUUGAAAUAUGAUAGUUUCAUCGAGGGGCAACGCUAGAAAUGCUGCAAUUUUUACGGUACCACAAGGUUUUCUCUUAGUUUGUUUGAGUGGCAGCGCGUGUUUUAAUGAUGUCUAAGCCUUUUGUUUCUUACUACACCUUUGUAAACUAUGUACAAUCGUGCUAAAAGAAGAUAACUUGGGAUUGUAUAGUAGGUAGAGAUUAGGGAGUUUAAUGAAUGACUACAACAUUCAUGCCAUUUUUACAAGAACCAGGCGUUUCCCCUGCACAGUAUGUAAAUACGUGUUUUAAGAGCUUUUGUCUUUUAAGUUCUCUUUUCUUAUUCUUUGUGCUGACGAGUUCAAGGUGUCCUCUGCAAGAGGAAGAGUUGCGGAUUUCUUUUUUUUGUAACGUCACAAGUUAAUUGAGAGUUUGUUGAUUUGUAACAUGGUGGCAGUUUGUAAUGUUUUAAAGGAAAAAUUAAUCUCUUAGUUCUUUUGUCAUUAUUUCCCUUCCGACUAUAUCUGAUAAACCUUAUGAACCUCCUCCAGAUGUGUCGAACAAACAGUCGCCGCCACAGGGUGAAAAGCACAAAGUACCAAGAUUCCUCUGAAUAUUAAGUCCAGAUGUUGGCUGGAAAAGUUAAACCCUUAAGGAUUGUUUAUAGCUGCUGCUGUGGUUCAUGAGCUCUUAAUCAUGUUGAUACAAAACAGAUGUUGUGCUCAUGUUUGUUCGUUAACCUGCCCGCUCCUGGAGUUUCAAAUGAAGGUGUACACACACACGUGGUGGCUCAAAAUGUUUUUAGAACAAUUAGCUUUUUUUACAUCCAUAUUCAAUAUCAGUGUAACCAAGUACAGGACAUUUAAUUUACCACAUUAGUGACAUUCCUCCGUACGGGCAAGUGCAGCUAACGUUACUGGAAGUGUGCCUCCUCACUGACAUAACGCUUUACAUUUUAUUUCAUGCUCCUUCCUGUUUUUAGCUGCUUGAAUUUUCCAUGUUUUAAGUAGGAAAUUCAUCAUUCAUCUAUGUGUUCGUUGUACAGCAAAGACUGUUGUAUAAGUCUGCGACACUAUUUUCAUAUAAAAAUGUACUAAAAUAAAAAAAAUUCCACAUAUC